UUCAGGAAGCUCCUGGUGAACCAGAGCAUCCGCCUGCAGCGGCGCUUCACUGUGGCCCAUCCCCUGUGACACACGCCCAGGGGACCAGCCGGCUGUCUCUUUCCAGCUGUGUGGCCCAGAGCAGGACGGGCUGAGGCUCACGUCUCUCCUGACCCUCGCUGGCCUGGGACCCGAGGGUUGAGCGCCCUGGGGAGGGAGGAGAGGAAGGCUCCGCCCUUGGCCUCCCCCAACCCCACGUUCAGCCCAGCGCCAGCAACAAGAUGAUCUGGGGACCUCACCACGAACCCGGGUGCCCACGGAAGACCUGAUUUGAUGCAGGCUUCGGAGUCAGGAUGCCCGGGAGUGUAAGGAGGGCGAGGGUCCCUUUCCCAGGCUGAGAGCGAACCCCACCCACUCAGAGCCCGGUUCCCUGCAACUCGGUUCAGUUGCAUCUCUGACAAGGUCCACGGCUCUGAGUACAUAUCCCGCCCUUCUCGAAGCAAAUGUCACCUCGUGGGGCAGUGGAUCGAGCCUGGGGCUUGUGGGCGCCAACUGUGGCUGGCACCCUGUGUACUUUUUGCACCGAACUCGUAUUGGCAAUCUGGCACCCAGAGGCUGGGAGACAAGAGGUCUCCUUCAAGGUCACAUCGCCAAAGUGACAAGCUAGGAAGAGGGAGGUGUGACUGUGUUCCCUGAUGGUGCCAUUUCAGACUUGACGUGGGGUUCCGGAUCCUAGAGAGCGACCUCAGGGUACCAGACACCAACGCAGAGAGGUACCUUCCGAGGGCUCGGAGGGAGCACCCCGCCGGGUAGGCGAAAGUGAGGAUGAAGGAGGAGCGCUUGCCUAAGCUGCACCCAAACCUAGUUCCGAGAUCCGGGACCCUGAGUCUCCAUGCCUCGGUUUACCGAUCUGACCAUUGGGCAGCCGGCAGUUCCCACAGCCAGAGCGACCUUAGCCCGAACAUCUCGCGUCACGGAACCCGCCGCCUGACCCCGCCGCCCCCGUCUAAGUUUAGAGCAGAAAGAAAAACAGCCAUCCCCCGCCCCAGGAAAAGCCAGGCCCUGCCUUAACCCUCGGCGUCCGGGACUCGGAUUCGAACACACCCUACAACUGUUCCCUGCCUCAACUUCUCUGUUCCCAGGCACGCUCUCCCAUAACCUUUGGGGAUAGGUGAAAGAGGGACAAGGGGUCGCCAUCUGCGGGUCUCCCCGCUCAGAGGGCAAGUUGGGGUAUCCGCCGCCUGCCAGCAGUGUCUCCCAGCCCGCCACCGCGCGGGUGCCAAGGCUCGGAAGGGUUACAAGCCACGACCCUACGUGACACCACGAAGAGACUGUGGUCUCCCCAGCUCCGCGGGACCGGUCGAAACACGAGAACCCGAAGGAAUUAGGCGGAAAAGGCCGAGAGAAGCCGAGCUUCCCCGAGUAUGUCCGUACUGAGCUGAAUGUUCCCGACCUGGCCUGAGCGCUACCCGGACUUAAUCGAAGCUUGCCGAGCGUGGACGGACUUAGCCGAAGACGCACGAACUCAUUCGAACCUGCCCAGGGUUGCCGGAAGUAUCCGAAGAUCACCGAACUCACUCCACCCAACUCACCCGGAACAGGUCCCACCCUGAGUGAUCUGACCCAACUCAGACGCGACCGAAUCUGGCCAAGCAGGACCGAAUCGUGCAGAAUGCCCCAGUCCGCCACUAUCUGAGCCAAAUGUUGCUGCCCCCUGCCCAAAGCCUCCGGUUGGGUGUCGAUUCGGCCCUUGGACCAGGAUAGUCACUGCAGAGGACCAGGUGGACACAGGUCCUUAGAAGCUCUGAAUCUGGGUGGUGCCCGUUCCUCCUUGUCUCUGCUGUCUCACUCUCAUCUUCUCAAAAGCCCUUGACCCCCAAGGUCGCCUACAUCUCAGCCUUUGUCCCACGCUCUUUCUCUGCUGCUGACCCCAAAAGGAGGGGCAAAGAUCCCCCUGCCCAGUAAGGGUGUGGUCGUGGGGGAAAAACAGAGAAUUGGAGUUUGGAUGGAGCAGGUGGUGCUGAGAAGGAAGGUGCUCAGGACAGUGGCUUUGACCUCGAAAAUGGGCUGUCAUGUGGGAGGACUGUCCUGGAGCCUCAGUCCGGGCCCAGCCUUGGUCGUGGGGUUCAGGCCCCCGCCCCUCACAGCCAGCGGCGAGAGUCCUUCCUAUACCGCUCGGACAGCGACUAUGAACUUUCACCUAAGGCCGCGUCCCGGACCGCCUCCGUGGCCAGCGACCUGCACGGAGAAGACAUGAUAGUGACGCCCUUUGCCCAGGUCCUCGCCAGUCUGCGGACGGUUCGGAGCAACGUGGCAGCCCUUGCCCACCGCCAAGUCCGCGGGGCGGCCAAGCAGGCAUCUGUCGGGAACCCUCCAGCCAGUAGUCAACCCCUUCCACCUGCAGAAGACACUGGGCAGAAGCUGGCGCUGGAGGCCCUGGAGGAAUUGGACUGGUGUCUGGAUCAGCUGGAGACGCUGCAGACGCGGCGCUCGGUGGGGGAGAUGGCCUCCAACAAGUUCAAGCGGAUGCUGAACCGGGAGCUGACCCACCUGUCGGAAACCAGCCACUCUGGGAACCAGGUGUCCGAGUAUAUCUCCAGGACCUUCCUGGACCAGCCGACGGAGGUGGAGUUGCCCAGGGUGACCCCGGAGGAACCCCAGAGGCCCGUGUCAGAAAUCAGUGGCCUUCGCGGGCUCCCCCACAGCACCAGCCUCUCGGCAGCCACCGUCCCACGCUUUGGGGUCCAGACUGACCAGGAGGGGCAACUGGCUAAGGAGCUGGAAGACACCAACAAGUGGGGACUUGAUGUGUUCAAGGUGGCGGAGCUGAGCGGGCACCGGCCCCUCACGGCCAUCGUAUUCAGCAUCUUUCAGGAGCGGGACCUGUUCAAGACCUUCCAGAUCCCAGCCGACACCCUGGCCACCUACCUGCUGACGCUGGAGGGUCACUAUCGGGCCGAUGUGGCCUACCACAACAGCCUACAUGCCGCCGAUGUGGCGCAGUCCACGCACGUGCUGCUGGCCACGCCUGCCCUGGAGGCUGUGUUCACAGACCUGGAAGUCCUGGCUGCCAUCUUUGCAAGUGCCAUCCAUGAUGUGGACCACCCGGGGGUCUCCAACCAGUUCCUCAUUAACACCAACUCGGAGCUGGCGCUGAUGUACAACGACGCCUCGGUGCUGGAGAACCACCACCUGGCCGUGGGUUUCCGGCUGCUGCAGGCGCACAACUGCGACAUCUUCCAGAACCUCAGCGCCAAGCAGCGGCUCAGCCUGCGCAGGAUGGUCAUCGACAUGGUGCUGGCCACAGAUAUGUCCAAACACAUGAAUCUCCUGGCUGACCUCAAGACCAUGGUUGAGACCAAGAAAGUGACCAGCCUGGGUGUCCUGCUCCUGGACAACUACUCUGACCGCAUCCAGGUCUUGCAGAACCUCGUCCACUGUGCUGACCUCAGCAACCCCACCAAGCCGCUGCCCCUGUACCGCCAGUGGACGGAGCGCAUCAUGGCGGAGUUCUUCCAGCAGGGCGAUCGGGAGCGCGAGUCAGGCCUGGACGUCAGCCCCAUGUGUGAUAAGCACACAGCCUCCGUGGAGAAGUCCCAGGUGGGCUUCAUCGACUACAUUGCCCACCCGCUGUGGGAGACCUGGGCCGACCUGGUGCACCCGGACGCGCAGGACCUGCUGGAUACGCUAGAGGACAACCGAGAGUGGUACCAAAGCAGGAUCCCCCGCAGCCCCUCGGACACCCGCAGCCCCGAGAGCUUCCCGUUUGAGCUGACUCUGGAGGAAGCGGAGGAAGAGGAGGAGGAGGAGGAAGCCCGAGAGAGGGGGGCCUCAGAGUCCUCCAACACUUAGCUCCAGUACCCAAGGCCUGCCAGACCCCAGGGCCCUGCCCCGGGACCACCAGAAGCUUCCAGGCAGGCCCUGCAUGGAUCCCUGGGCAACGUAAUGGCCAAGCCGUUUGGCCCCUGAUGGCCCCUGGUGGCUGAACUUGCCAGGAAGAGGUUCCAGGGGUGCUUGCUUCACUUUCCCGCCUACUGAGCUAGACAACCAACUUUCUAAUGAUAGGCAGGUCUCAGGAUCUAAUUGGAGGCACCUGACUGGGUCCACUCUGACCUCAGGCUUGGCUGAAAUGACUCUAAGGGGCUGGGCUGGGGGCAGCUACUUGUAGCACCACUGGGGUCUCCUCCUGAACCCUAGCAUGGAGAAGGGGGCCUGCCAGGUCCCCUUAGUCAUUCUUGACCCACAUAAAUCCCUUGAUUCUUUCUUUCCAAAUAUUUAUUGAGCAGCUACUAUGUGCCUGGCCUGUGCCUGCUCUGUGCCUCUGGGGUAGCCCCCUCAAGGUGCGGGUGGGGAGUCAGCACCCCACAGGUGCCUCCCCAUCCCCCUCUGCCAGGCAGCUCACGGCAGGAGAAUGUUUAUUUGAACAGAGGGAUUCUUAGGGCCAAAGCUUCAUCCAGACCCAGCUGCAGCCCUGGAGUCAUGGAGGAGGCGUAGGAAAAGGGAGUCCUUUGUUGGGGACCGUCUCCAGAGACUGAUUUGAACUGCACACCACUCGUUUAAAUGGUUGCCUUUUCCAUUUUCUAUGUGGGUGCUGGGAGGGUCCCAGGGCCCAUGCCGGGCGUGCGCUCUCCCACCGAGCUGCACCGGCCCCCAGUCUCCUAUCUUCCGUAGCGCAUCUCCGGAGGUUCGCGCCUUCUCCUCUGGCUGCUUCGGGACCCUGGGCUGGGUCCCCCACACGGUCUCCCUGUUGGAAUACGACAACAAAACUGCAGAAUUUCCACAAGCCCAGCUCACCUUUGUGCCUCCCGCGUCCCCAGGUGCCUAAGAUCGUCCCUAGAGGGAGGGAGCCCUGUGACGCUUUCUUGCAAUCCGAAGCUCCUUCUGGGCCUCUGUGACCUGGCCCUAGUAUGCUGCUAAAGGCUGACUGAGGCUAUGGUGUCUGACAUCCCUGAAGUAUCUUAGGCAUCAGGCAGCAUUGAGCAUUUCUCUGGGACUCGAUAAACCCUUCUGAGUUUAAGAUACCCGAAUUUCCAAAAUCGGGUCCUAUCCAGGUGUGGUGGUGCACGCCGGCGAUCCCAGGGACCCAGAAGGGUUGCAAGUUUGAGGCCAGCCCAGGUCAUAGAGAUCCUGUCCCAAAAUAAAAAAUAAAAGGACUGGGGGCGUAACUCAGUGGUAGAGCAUUCCUGGGUUCAAUCCCCAGUAACCCCCCCAAAAAAGUGUACUGCCCAUUUCACGAAUGGGGAAACCGAGGCACAGAGAAGCCCUGUUGCCUGCUCAAGGCCACACAGUCCGGAAGCGGAAACAGCCAGCGGCGCCCCCUGGCGGUAGGAGCUGGAGGUGCAGCGGGCGGGCAGGCGCGCUCCGGGGUCCUCCCGAGCUGGGCUGGGUCAAGCUCAUCCUGAGCGUCUGGCUUUGUGUUCAAGGCUCAGGUUGGAUCCUCUCUUCGAAACUUUCCAGAAACAUUCAGUAUGCUCCCCGCUCCCUCCCUCCCUGUGCGCCUGGAAACGUGUACACGAUGCACGUCAGCACUGCAGCCCUGGCCGGAGAACAGCUGGCCUCCUUCGUAAAUAUUAUGACCACUGGUAAUUCAUCAUCAUCGAUUAAUGCCAGGCUCCCACCCAGGAAGAACUAGAAGGUCGUGAACUUGGUACGAGCACCUCCAGAUUUCCCUUCUCCUCUCUGGUCCAGCGCUGAGCUCCACCCUACUUCCUUCAGAUUUUUCAAAGGCAGAGACUUAGGGGAUUUUUAUUUUAAAUUUUUCUGUCCACACUCCUUACAAAGUAGUAUGUCUUCGCUGCAGAGAAUUUGGGAAUAAUGGAAACAUAAAGAAGAAAAUAAAGUAUUACUAUAACCCCUCUGCUACA